UUCCAUCUAGACAUGCAUUUUGUGGGAUAAUUAAAAAUCAAUUGCAAAAGCAGCGCAUAACAAGGCCUAUUUGAGCAGAGUGUGUAAUUUAUUCGAGAACGUGGAGGCACACAUUGAGAAGCGAACAGAGAAGCGCCGUGAGAGGUUCGGGAGCUGCUCCACUUACGAUUCGAUUUCCCAGUCGUGCUACGCUACGGACAAAGUGUGCCAACAGCACACGCCCCCCACCUCCAUCCGCGAAUCGAGACAAAACGGAAGUAGAAUACGCUCCAGUGGCUGCAGCAGGCCGCGCCCAAAAGUGGAACAGCGACGACGAUGCAUCUGAGUGCGGACAUUUCCAGCGCCUUGCAGCAAAUCGAGGCCGUCAAAAAGGGCAUCGACGAGAGCGAUGACCCCAAGCUGCAAAUGCAAACGGCGGAGAGCCUCAACACCAUUCUGGGCAUCCUGCAGGACCCUGUCUUCCGCACCAUUGUCCACGUGCAGGACUCCCUAUCCGAGCUGAACGCCCAGCUGGGCCAGCACCCGUCCAUGCUGCCAAAUGACUUCGACAUCGAUGUGGCUGGCAAUCUCGUCCUCAGCCUGAACGGCGGCGAGGUGAUGUACGACUUCGAUGACCAACAAUCCAUAUCGGCCACCAGAUCGCCCAACUCCCACUCGGCGCCCGGCAGCCCGGACAAGUCCACGGGCGAGGAGCAGCGCCCCCAGAGCCAGAACUCCAAGACGGCGACUGGCGCAGAUCUGUACGCCACGGACUAUGCCCAGAUCCAGGCCAUCGAAUUGGUCAAUGAUGGCACGGGCCUCGGCUUUGGCAUCAUUGGAGCGAGGAGCUCGGGCGUGAUUGUCAAGACAAUACUGCCGGGCGGCGUGGCGGAUAGGGAUGGACGGCUGCGCUCUGGCGAUCAUAUCCUUCAAAUCGGAGACGUGAACCUGCACGAGAUGGUCUCGGAGCAGGUGGCCGCCGUGCUGCGUCAGUCGGGGACGCAUGUCCGUCUCGUGGUGGCUCGUCCCAUCGAGCAAAAUGUGCCAACACCUCAGUAUGCCUUAGAGCCGGGCUGUGCGGUCGUACCGACGCGUGUUCUCGUCGAUCCUGCCGAGCUGGAGCGCUACCUUUUCUCCACCGGAUACCCGGAGAUCUUUGGUGAGAGCUCCACAGCCUCCACGCCGCAGACGACGACGGAGGACGAUCGCUUUGUGUACCGCGGCGAGACGUCGAUGCUCAUCGAUCCCACCAUCGAGCUGGAGGAGCUGCUGGCGCUGCCCGAAACGGAAAAGCUGCAGGUGGAACUGAAGAAGGAUGCCAACGGGCUGGGCAUCACCAUUGCCGGCUACGUGUGCGAGAAGGAGGAGCUGUCGGGCAUCUUUGUGAAGAGCGUCUCGCCGGGCUCAGCGGCGGAUCUGAGUGGACGCAUUCGCGUCAACGAUCGCAUCAUCGAGGUGGACGGGCAGUCGCUGCAGGGCUACUCCAACCACCAGGCGGUGGAGCUGCUCAAGAAGUCUGGCCAAGUGGUGAAUCUCCGACUGGAGCGCUAUCUGCGCGGUCCCAAGUACGAGCAACUGCAACAGGCCAUCGCUGCCAACGAUAAACUGCCAUCCAGUGCCCCAGGCACACCCUCCCGAGCGCCACUGCCCACACCCGUGGUGGCUGCCACCACAUCCUCCACGUCGGCCAACACCACGCCCUCCCGCAGCCUGACCAGAGAGCUGGAGGAUGAGGCACUGCCAGCGCCGGAGGCUUUUAUGACCACGCCACCCUCGACGACCACCAUGACCACGACCACGCUGAGCACGUUCGGUGCGGGCAAGCAGCUGGUGGCUGUCAGGGACUCCCUGGACGGCUCCACAAAGAUUAUACCCACCGAUGUGGUGCCUUUAGCUGACAAAAUUGAGGCGCCGGUGCAUGCCAAGAAUGGUGCCGUCAUCACACGUCACAAGUACUACACGGAUCCGGAGCUCACCGACGAGGCGGAAACGGAAAUCAUUCGCAAGUGGCAAAAGAUUGUUGGAGCCGAUGUGGAGGUGAUUGUGGCACAAAUCAAAAAGUUUGCCGUCGGCGGUUUGGGCAUCUCGCUGGAGGGCACCGUCGAUGUGGAGGGUGGCAGGGAGGUGCGACCCCAUCACUACAUACGCUCCAUACUGCCCGAUGGCCCGGUGGGCGUCAAUGCGGUGCUGCGCUCCGGCGACGAGCUGCUGGAGGUCAAUGGCGAGCGUCUGCUGGGCAUGAAUCACCUGGAGGUGGUGGCCAUACUGAAGGAGCUGCCGCUGGACGUGCGCAUGGUGUGCGGGCGGAACAAGAACACCUCCCUGCUGCCCUUCUCCGAUGACACCCUGAAGAAGCUGAGCAACAACUUUGAGAAUCUUUUGCCUGCCACCGAUCGACUGGUGAAGGCCAAGUCCGACGGCAGCUUGGCCACCGCUGGCUCUGUGGCCGACGCUGAUUCCGUGGCCGCUGCCGCGAACUCGUUUACCAAGCUGAAAUCGCGCUCCCUGGAGCCACUCACGGGGCUGGCCAUGUGGUCAUCCCAACCGCAAAUCAUCGAACUUGUCAAAGGGGACCGCGGCCUGGGGUUCUCCAUACUGGACUACCAGGAUCCGCUGGAUCCCAAUGACACACUGAUUGUCAUCCGUUCGCUGGUGCCGGGAGGCGUGGCCCAGCUGGAUGGACGUCUCAUUCCAGGCGAUCGUCUGCUUUUUGUCAAUUCCAUAAACCUCGAGAACGCCUCACUGGACCAGGCCGUGCAGGCCCUGAAGGGUGCCUCCAAGGGCGUCGUGCGCAUCGGUGUGGCCAAACCACUGCCCAUGACGGACAACUCGCUGAAGGCGUGCAGCAAUGCGAGCACCACCAGCGAGGAGACACUCGAAGCGCAAAUGUCACCGCCACCGCAACCGCCAGCACUGCCCACAGUCGCCCCACCAGCGAUGCCAGCAGCCACGGCUGCCAAGGGCGUGGAGCCCGACCUAAUACCCGACUGGCGCAACUGAAACGGCGUCUCGCGAGGAGGAGCUACUGCAAAUCGAUCAAAGAAAGACAAAGACAAAGGCCCAUUUUUGGGUGUUUUAAAAUGAAUCCCAAAAACGAAGUCUUGCAGGUUAUGCGCCGAAUAUUGUUAUUUACCGAAAUCAAAAUGUUAUACAUAUUAUUAUAUAUUAGCACCAAAUUGUGUUGACCAGAUGCGCCGCCCAGAUCUGGUGGCGACAUCGUCCUACCCCCUCCCAACCUGCCACAAACAAGCAUUCCACAAACUUGCAAUAUUUUCCCCACUAGUAUUAGCGAAAUGAAAUUUUAACAAAGGUAUUUCAACGUGUAUAAUGUAUGUACUUAAUGCUAACAAAAAUAAAAUAAUUGUACCUUCCCCACA